UCUUGUAGUAUAACAAAGAUAUCAAAUACUAAAUUAUUACAUAAUCCUUAUCUGUAAAUUCAUUAAUAUCUGACAGUUCUCAAGCAAAUUGAAGCAGAAUUCAUAUUAAAUAAUAUCAAAUUUUUGACAUAUCAUAAUGUGAGGUUAUGUCGAAUAUUAGUGAAAAAAAGAUUGUUAUCGUUAUUAUGAUGAAUACUUUGAAAUAUUUGUAAUAUCAACGCAAUUGAUUAAUCAAUAGUGUUAUUGAACAAUUACACCGUCUGAUGUUAAGCCGAAUGAAAAUGUUGCCUUAUUAUCAAUAUAAAAAAAAAAUACAAAAGUGAGAUUAACAUGGCUUGCUUCUGGGUGAAUUCACAAGAAACAACAGUAAAAAUUCCUUCUACAACUGAGAAAGAUGGUGUCAUAUUUUAUGAGAUCAGAGUAUCCGUAGGUGAUAUAUAUUGGCAUGUCACACAUCGAUACAAUGACUUUUUUGAAUUACAUACUAAGCUAGUCAACGACCAUGGAGUAGUCAAAGAUAUUCUUCCAUCCAAAAAACUGAUUCGAAGCAAAUGCCCUCAAUUCAUUGACACAAGAAAGAAAGGACUUGAAAUUUAUCUACAAAAAGUAUUGAAAUUUUUGAAACUGACGAUGCCAAGAAUUUUCCUCGAAUUUUUAGAUUUUCAUGUAUAUGACGUUUACUUUCUUUUACAAAGUUUAGCUCUCAAAUUUUAUUCAGAAGCUGAAAUUUCUCUUACUUCGACCAAAGAUUAUGAUUUUACCACACUUGAAUUGCAUGCUAUUAGCAAAUGCUGUAAUACCCCACAACCGGCAGAAUAUAAUCCAGACAAAAGAUAUGACUUCACUCAUGUUUUGGAUUUUUGUUCGCAAAUAAAAAUAUUGAAUGUGACUGGAAAAAUUGGAAAUUACUUAAGAAGCAAUAUAAGACCCAAUGAUCUUUUCUUUGAUUUCCGAAAUUUUAAGAAAACUUGCAGUGUAUGCAUGAACCAAAUCAGUUUGGAUUGUAUAAAAGAUCUAGGCCAAUUUCGUACUAAUUUGGAAACUUUGACUAUAAAUAAAUCAAAUAUGACUAGUUUAUCGCAAAUUUUACAAUGUGAUGUUCUCCAUAAAUAUAAUUUCGAUGCUACUCAUGUUUGGAGUAAUUUGGUACAUAUGGAUUUAAGUUACAAUUGUUUAACGGAAAUCGAUCAAACUAUCAAACUGGUGCCAAAUUUGAAAGUUCUAGUUCUCAAUCAAAAUAGAUUUUCCAAUAUUCCCAAUCUGCUAGAACUGAAAAGUUUAACAACACUGAGCAUAUGUGGUAAUUUAAUCACAAAUUGCCAACAAAUGCAUUUUACUUUGGGUAAUAUAUUACACUUAAAUCUGUCCCAGAAUAGUAUAACAUCUUUAGAAGGAUUUACCAAACUCUAUUCUUUGGAAAGUCUGAACUUGACGGGAAACGAUAUAAGCAGCAUCGAAGAAAUAAAAUAUUUAGCCAACCUACCUUGUCUGGAAGAUUUGAAAUUAACAGGAAAUAACGUAUCCACUAUUGUGGAUUAUCGUGUGAAAGUGCUAGAAUAUUUCGGUAAGAGAGCUGAGGAAAUCUGUUUGGAUAACGAGCAACCCCUACAGCCAGAACUUGAUAAAGUUUCUAUUCGUAGAGCUUUAAAAAUCUUGAAAGAGGGAGAGCUUCCCGAAAUAUUAAAUAUCCGCUGAUUCAACUUUUUUUUUUUGUCUUUUUUGUAACUACCAAAACUGAUGAUGUUUGUGAUAUAUUUCUACUACCCAAUUCAUGUUCUAUAAUUUAUGUACCAUAUAAUAAUAUAUUAUUGUUACCGU